AAUAUGGAUGCACUGAUAAUAAAACGAAUGGCACAUGUUAUUUACAUAGUAUUAAUAAUUAUAACACUAACACUUGACAUUGUCGCUAAAGCCGAUCCCGCUCAACUUCUUGAAAGGCUGAAAGACAGGUCAUGGCCUUGGUUUGGUGACUGUUACACGAACUUGUGCCCUGAUCCGACGAAAAAUCCAAGUUACUGUUUUAACUUAAGACCACAGCCUGAGUCUAUAUUGGAAAGAGCAGGAUUACCUAACACCAUACAACUGACGACAGAUUUGGAAGUUAUAUUUUCAAGCCCUAAAGAGGAUGUAGAUGUGUGUGGUAAAGCUCAACCCAUGGAAGAAGUUAAAGCUUUUAAGUUGCCUGAAAGUGGACGUGCAGUCAAAUCACUGCUAAAGCGUGGAUCCGAAAUCUACCGCAGUCGGCCAAAAAUUAAAUUUGGUCUUAACGCAAACGACAAGUACUCGCUUCUGAUCUACGACGUCGGUCUUUUGUGUUAUAGGGGAUAUUGGAGGAGGAUACAGACUUCCAAUGGAGAUUUUCAAGGAGAGGAAAAGUGGCCGUAUCAACCACCCGCGAAUCCUUUACCCGUCGUCAAUCCAAUACUCAUUAUUUUAUUUAAACAACGUCCAGACGUUGAGUACAAUAUGGGUGACUGCUUCAAGAAAAGACCGAACAAAGUUACAGCUAAUAACUGCAGGGAUGCCGUCUCGACAAGUCUCGGGGAUGGCCACGAUAUAGUUGGACUACAGGUAUAUUACACUGAUGGAUCUUCUAUGUUUGAAAAGUAUAUGGCGUGUGCUGAAGGCUUCAUAUGUGACAGUCAGUGUUUUGGCAAGUUUCAGGAAUAUGCCGAAAGUAAUCUACCUCAGCUUGAUUUCAUGGACUUGAGUUUAAGCGCCUUGGAUAUGUAUGUCAAUAUAUAUAUCUAUGUCACGGUUGCUCAGGACAUGCAGAAUUGUUGUGAUGGAAAGUUAUAUUUCUCAAGGAAAGAUUCGUUUCGCGCAAGACCCGGUGACAAUUUUAAAGUGAGCAGCUUUUCGCGGAUGUGCUACCCUGAGUGUCACACUGACUGGAUCAUUGAGUUUUCGAGUACUGAGACAAACAUUUUAGGUGAUGAAAACUACUAUGCUGUGUUCGCGUUCGUGCCAUGGAAAGUAAAUGAUAGAUUGGAAGUAAAAUUUGUGUGGAAUGAAACAAACAUCAAAUUACCAGAGUACACAGGUGGUAGUACGACGUCUCGGAAAUCCUAUGCAUCUAAUGGUGCUGGCGAAAGACACAUGUACAUUUUGUUUUUCUCCUACCCUGCCAUCUUUACUGGAUAUAUUACUCUAAGGUAA